GUUCAAUUUAAGGAUGGAUUUGGAAUGGAUGUGGCAAUUCGGCGACAGGCCGCCAUGUUGAUCUCAUUGUCAAAGUUGCUAAGUUGAAAAGCCGUCAGGAAAUCAGCAUUGUUCAACAAAUAUAAGAGAUUUUCAAUAUCAAACCAUUUCGCAGUAAUCCUGAAGCACUAAAAAGGUAAGGCAGGCAAGUCUGUGUCAUUUACAGUGGAAAUACCAAGUUCGUUUCCAUCAAAAUAAAUUGUGCUCUCAUGUAUACAGUUAGUCGAAUGUCCGCCAGUUACCGAUUAUGUAGUUCGAAUUUAAAGUACGCGAAAGACUCCCAGUAGUUUGUGUCGUGAGUAAUGAAGUCACAUGCAGUUUAAAGUAUUUUAAGUAGUAUUGGAAAUAUCGUUUAACCAGCAAGAUGCAGCUGCACAUUUUCUUUUUGAAGUGUUUAAAUGGUAACAGAGAAGUUGGCAGCUCUUCUCAGGUAAGAUCAACGCUACAACAAAGGCUACAACGGUCCCAAAUCAAUGAUUAAACAUAUGUUUCUACGUAAUGUUUAAGCUUUUUAUUGUUUUUCAUCAGGACUGGUUGAUUUGCUUCAGCUUUCCUACUCAUGUUCAAAUGGUUUCACUCGCCAUUGCUUUCCUUUCAUCACUCAUCUUCAUUUUUACGCCCUUAGAAACACGUUGUCUUCAGAUCAGCCAGCACCCAACUAAAAGACCUGCAACCGAUCGUUGUGGCCCUUUUAGUCCUCAUUGACUAGUACUAAAUAUCCCUUAACCCCCUGCUAACAUGUGCUCUAUCACGGAUAUUAACUCUUUAAUUCCCGCAGGAUUACGAUUUGGUAGGUAUGUCAGUGUGAAAUUAUCUUCAAACCCACAAUUCCUAAUAGUUUGCUGCAGGUAAGUUAGAAACCAAUCGAAGUUGGGAGGGUUUAGGGCCUUUUCCUUGUUCCUUCUCCAUGCUUUAGUCAUUCAGUCACAACAACUAUCACCAGAGCUGAAAAGGUUUUCCACUAUUCAUUGCCAGUAAAGUAUUCCCUAACAAGUCGUUUAUUCUCAGUUGGAAUUAUGCCGGUGGUGGAUUCGGACGACUCCCGGAGCGGGUCGUCUAGCAAUGAAAGCGAUAAUGAGGAAGUCAGAAGUCGCAACAAUACCAGAUCGCCUAGUGGAUCUAGUCGCCCUCAAAGUCCUGCCAGUGGGCCUCAAACCCCUAGAAGCAACCGAUCAAGGAACCGCGAGUCUGGCAGUCGGUCACGGUCGACGUCUCCUAAGAGUCCACUGAAUGUGCAUGCGUCUGAAAAUGGGCCCCAAAGUCCCAAAUCGCCUAGCCCGGACGGGAUCAGAAGCAGAUCCAACUCGGGUUCCUCGUAUGGAGGGUCGCCCUCCCCAUCUAGCCCGCAAAACAGUCGGCCGCCUUCCCCUAAAUCGCCAGAUUCGGGUCAGUCACGGCCCCAUUCGCGCGGCUCUGUUGGAAGUAGCCCACCCAGAGCCGGGAAUCAAUCCAGAAGCAUUUCGCGUGAUAAUUCAGCUGGUCGGCCGUUUAAAGGGCCCAGAGGCCCCAGAAGUCCAGAGGAAUUACGCAACACACGCCAGGGCUCAGGCAGUGGCGACAAUGCUUCGGUCAGAUCGGCUAGUUCGGACGGUUCUAGAAAAUCGACCAGAAGUCGCGGAUCGCGUAAAUCCAAAGGGCGAAGCUCCAGCAGAUCGAGCUCCAGAGGCUCGGGGCCGACCAGAAGACGCAGUCGAAGCGGCAGCGACUCAGAUUCCAGUGUCAGCAGCGUGGAUUCAUCGUCCAGAAAAAACAAGGACAUAUCGCGAUCAGCCGACACCAAACCUGAAGAUAUUUCGGACGGUAGCAACAGCGACAUGGAGUCUGACCAGGAGAAGCCAGCAGUUCCAGUCGAGAAAGCCAAGAAACCGGACAUCAACAUCUCGCACGAGGAUCUCUCCGAUGUGUCCGACCUGGAGGAUUCCAUGGGGGGCACGUUCGAUGAGGAGGACGAAAUCCCCAAAGACAACAAGGAGGAGGCACAGAAAUCGAGUGAAACCGAAAAAGUCCUUGCCGACGAACUGAAAUCUGCGGCUGGCGAUAAGAAGGUGAGCGAAGCGUCGCUGGGCACGGCUCGUCCCGACGAAAACGAAGAACAGCUGGAUUUUGAAGCAGAAGAUGGCGAGUGUGACGACGUCAAGUCCAAGGAUGGCGACAAGGAGGAGAAGGAGGAGGGCGAAGAGGACGGCGAAGCCGUUCCGCCCAAAGAGGAGAAGGAACUUGAAGAGGGAGAGGUGUCGGACGAGGACGACGCCCGGCCGGAGGAGACUGAGCCAAGGCCAGUCUGUCGCUUCUUUUCUCGGGGCGCUUGUACUUGGGGCGCCAGCUGCAGAUUUCUCCAUCCAGGAGUUACCGACAAAGGUAACUACACAAUGUUCGAUAUGGUCAGACCAAUGUUGCCUGGCGAAUAUGGCAUGGGGCGAAUGGCAGACGAAAGGCUUUACAAGCCGGAGCCCCCGCUAGUAGAGUCGGCUUGGGAGCGCGGGUUGAGGACUGCAAAAGAGAUGCUAAAAAAAUCGAUGCGCCGAAAGGAGCAGGACAUCGACUUUGAGGAGAAGAAAAUGAACCUUAGCAUAGCUCAGGAGGAGUUCGACAAAGAGAACGGCUACUAUGGCAGAGUGCCGUCGCCGGAACCCCGAUAUGUGCGCCACCUACCGGAGUACAGCGUGCCAAGACCCCCACCAGAAGAAUACUACUCGCGCAGACCAAUAGUGUACGAGCCAGAGUAUGCGCCAAUCAGGCGCGAGCAUCCGCGGCCGUACCGCGAGAUGCCGCCACCCAGGGGCCCCCCACCCGAGUAUUACCCGCCCAAAUAUGAAGAGGAGCCGCCCCCAAGGCCCCACGAACGACCGGAGGUUCGGGAGCGCGAGCGAGAAAGACGGAAGCCAAAGCGCGAAGUGAUUGUGCAAAGGGCCGAAAAAGAGGAGCGCCCCGCUCGAGCUGACGACUGGCAGGAUCCGUGGAUGAGGUCGAAAUCGCCUGGACGCCGAAAAGACCGGAAGCGGUCGUACAGUUCUGGAUCGAGCUCGUAUAGCAGCAGGAGUUCGUCGCCCAGCAGCAAGAGCUCAUAUCGGUCUCGGUCCAGAUCAGCGUAUCGCAAGGAACGAUCGGGAUCGGUGCAGCGAGGUGGCAGACAUGUUUCCCCCUCAGUCAUCGUGUCUGAGAGGAAAGCAGCCAAUGAGCGUGCAGCUCUUAUGAAUCCUCCCGCCCCCAAGCGGCGGGCACCUUCACCAGGUAUGAUGCGGGUGAGUGCAGCGGCCAACCCACCAGCACCCUCACGAGAAGACAUCGGGCAAGCACGCAGCAAACUGGCGGUGGCCGCCGCUCUAGUUAGAGCCAAAGGCAAAAGCAAGCGCUCUGUAAAGUCCAGUUCCGGAUCCAGUUCGGGCAGCUCGAGUGAAUCGGACAGCAGCGAGUCGAGCUCGUCGUCCAGCCGCAGCAAUUCAACGCCGGUCCGCGACGCUCGCAAAGCCUCUGAGUUUGUUAAAGCGAUCGACGCGCUGAAAGGGGGCGCAAUCGGCAAAAAUAAGAUCAAACUCAACUUGAAGAACCCGCCGGGGGUGCGCAAAGCCGAGCCAAGGGAUGCACGGAAGGCGGAAGCGGCUGGUAAAAAGCGCGCGCCCACAUCGCCGCCACAGGGCGACGUCAAAGCGAAAAAGGCGACUUCCAGAAGGGAGGAGUUGUUGAAACAGCUGAAGGCUGUUGAGGACGCAAUAGCGAAGAAGCGCUCGAAGGUUUAGAUGUUGUUACUGAUUGGUUGCGGUAAGGGAUGUUUCUUUAUGCCUUAGUAUGUAGUCAGUAGCGGGAUUGUGAGCGGUUUGCAUUUAAGCAGGAAAGACUUUGAAACCUGUGGGUAAGCUUGCUUGAUUGAUUAAGUCAACUUUAGGUUUAAGAUUACUUAUGAACUCAUACGUUUUGCAACUUCGUAGAACCCAUGAACUCAUUCGCUCGUCAAUCGCACAAUGUCAUUGUUAGAUCUAGCUGUUAAUUGCAUCAACUAUUGCAUUAGAUGCCUUUCAGCAAGGAAGUACCGAAUCUACUUACUUUUAAGGCCGAUCAUAAUUUAGGAUUUUUUCUAUCCUAUUAAGAGCCGAUUGGGAAUCAUUAAACGUACUUAUAAUUGGAAAA